AUGUUCGGCAGAGACGACAGCCACAACCACAUUGAUGGCGCUGAGCCAAAGAAGUCCCUGUACCAGCGGUUCAAGGACCGCAAGAAGGGCGGCGAAAUUUCCGAGGCGGACGUGGCCAAGUACACGGGGAUGAGCAAGGCGCAACUCGCGGAAUGGGCCAAGGACAGGCCAGGCGUCGGGGGCCAGCAAGCGGCCGGCAAGAUCAACGCGGGGGAAGCGUCGGGGUUCGCUGGCAUGAACGCUGCCGAUGGAUCGGAUCAGAGGUCGAGAACGAGGGCAGCCAAGACGAACAGGAUGGCUGAUCGAGCAGCUGAACCACGGGCGGGCGAAGGCUGA